CAUGGGAACGACUUCUCCUAGUUAAGGACUACAUUGAUAUGGUUUUAAUAAUGUUAAGCAAAGAUAAUUCGCCGGAUGCACGUCAGGACUAUAAUCGUCUUAAAAAAAUAAUGCUUACAGAGGAUGAUGGAAGUGAAUACGUUACGAUCAGUAUGAUGCAUCUAUUAAUUACAGCUCUUAUAGCCAAGCUACGUCCUGUUACUCAAGACCUUGAUUUACCUUUGGAUCUCGAUUCAGAUGAUACCGCAUUUGAUGAAGAUCUCGAAUAUGAAGAUGAUGCGGAAGAAACCAUGAUAGGUCCAAAAAAACGACGAAUAAAAAUUAAUACGCCUAUUAAUAUAAGUGGCUUAUUGGAUCGUAUAAAGUUGUCUCUUUAUAAGGCUUUACUUCACUAUUGGCCAGAUCCUGAUAUAAACGUAUAUUUGGCAUGUCAACUAGACCCUAGAUGCAAAAGGCUUUUACCAACUAGCAAACGGGACAAAGCUGAAGAAGCAUUACAUAUGAUGUAUGCAGAAUUUAAAGCUCAAUACUAUUCAUCCAAACAAGUUGCUUCAGUCUCUUCGACUUCAAUUUCAACAACUAACCAAGAUAAAGAACAAGCUUAUUAUAAAGGAUUUAUUAAAUCU